AUGGCCCACGAGGUGCGCAUGGGAGGCAUCGAAGCCAAGGUGCAAGGCUUGGCUGCUGCUUUGGAGGCCCUCUCCGACAGCUUGGCCCUAGAGGAGGUGCCCUCAGGUGUUCCGGGGUUUGCAGGCACAGAGGCUCCACGGCCGCCUUCCCGGUCAGCAGAAAUCUUCGGGCGGCUGGACUCCUUGGAAUCACGCGUGUCCGCCUUGGAGCAGGCAGGAAAGCCCGAGGCACCGUUGGAGGAGCCAAGACAGGCUCAAGAGUUUCCAACAGAGCUUCAAGCAGAGGGACCCGAAGAAGUUGCAGAGGAAGGCUACGAGCAAGCGCCGGAGCAGGCACCCGAGCCCAACUCCAUAGACCAGAUUCCGGUAUCCCCCACCCAACAGGCUGAGCAGGUGGCUACGGGCGGCUUUGGCGCCUGGAGUGCAGAGCCAGGAGAGCCGGGAGACAUGGAUGAAAAGCUCGCAUACCUGAGGGAUCAGGUACAAGCCAUGGCUCCUGAGCAGGCCGAGUUGCUGAGUGGAAUCGUGAAGGAUGUCAAGUACUGCUUGAAGAGAUGUGAGCUCUUGUUCCAGCUUCCAGAAAUCAAGGGCUACAUCAAGCGUUUCCAGGCAUCUCUGCACGUGAAUGCUGUGCUUCAGGAUCGCUGGCUAGGCCCAGGUGCUCGCACCCGGGGUGUCUUCGAUGACGAUGAGCUCGAGGGCCAAAAGCCCCGGCCUGCCCAAACGAAUUCCAUGGCAGACCUGUCGCUUUCCAACCUCUCCACGGAUCCUAUCACAAGGGUUCGCCGGAGCGAGCCCCCCAACAAGCGGCCCUUCCGCACGGUGACGGAUUGGGCGAGACCCCACACGCCCCUGACCGUGGACCCAGUCCUGAAGUCCUCCACGCCCAGCUUGCCAGACAUACUUCCAUCCAAGUAG